AUGGAAAUUGCUUAUGCGUAUACGAAACGGCGUUGCGACUUUGGGCGGCAGCCGCUGUUCUGCGAGCAGGGUCCCGAGAUGUGCGACACCAUCAGCACCAACGUAGCGGAGCACAAGCAGUACAUCCUGCGCAACCCGGUGCACCAGCCCACCCAGAACACGCCCUGCUUCUCCGAGCAUUACGUCAAUACUAUACGGGCGGAAUAUACUACUACGGGUGCAAACCAUGCGGAAGGGGGAUGGCCAAAAGACGUUAAUGUGGUAGAUCCCGAGGCUACUCAGCGAUAUCGAAGAAAAAUUGAAAAAGAUGACAACUACAUCCAUUGCGUCAUGUCAUUAGCGCCUGGAAUGGAUCACUACGUGAUGCAAAAUAACGCUAUCGAUAUGUAUCGCACGUACUACGCGGAGAUGCCGACGCUGCCAGCCGUCGAGCGCAACAGCUGUCGCACGGUCAACGUGUACCGCGACGCGAACGGCCAGCGCCCCAUCGGCUCCAUCAGCUGGCAGCCGGACGGGGGCCAGCGCUUUGCCGUCACCUACUGUGAUGUCGACUUCAAUCGCAACCCACGUUCCUCAGUUGUGUCCUAUAUCUGGGAUAUCGAGAAUGCUAAUAACCCUGAAGUUAUUUUCACCCCGACGUGUCCUCUCCUAGACUUGCAAUUUAACCCACGCGAUCGAAACAUGCUCGCCGGAGGACUAAUGAAUGGUCAAGUGGGAGUGUGGGACAGGCGACACGACGGCGACGCGAGCAUCAAGUGCGCGCCCCAUGUGGCCCAUCGAGAACUGGUCCGUAAUGUACUCUUUAUCAAUUCCAAGUCUGGACAGGAAUUCUUCUCAUCUGGACCGGAUGGUGCCUGUAAGUGGUGGGACAUCCGUAAUAUGAGCGAACCGACUGAAGAGAUGAUAAUAGAUGUUGUAAAAUCAUCCUUUGACGUUCAGUCAAUGGCCAACUCGAAUGGAGUUAGUACACUCGAAUACGAACCAACUAUACCCACACGUUUUAUGGUCGGCACUGAAAACGGCUUUGUGAUAGGUGGCAAUCGAAAAGGAAAAACGCCAAUGGAAAAAUUACCAGCAAAGUUCGAAGCCCAUCUCGGCCCCGUGUGGUCUUUGGAACGCAAUCCAAACUUCCUGAAAAAUUUUCUGACGGUAGGAGACUGGACGGCGCGCGUGUGGAGCGAGGACUGCCGCGAGUCCGCUGUGGUCUGGUCUCCUCCGCACCGUCACAAGAUCACUGCAGCUACCUGGAGCCCAACUAGAUUAUCGCUGAUGCUGGUGACUCAGUGGAACGGUCUGCUGGCGACGUGGGACCUGCUGCGGCGGCAGCACGAGCCAGUGCUCACCAUGCAGGUGUGCGAGGAGCCGUUGCUGCGUGUGCGAAUGCACGAAGGGGGUACGCUUGCGGCGUGCGGCAGCCGCAAGGGCAACAUCUAUAUGACAGAGCUGUCACAGAACAUGGCGCAAUCGGACAAAAACGAUAAAGUGCUGCUCACAGCUAUAUUCGAACGCGAAGCGAAGCGCGAGCGCAUCCUAGAGGCGCGCAUGCGCGAGAUCCGGCUGAAGCUGCGGCAGGCGGAGGAGGGCAGCCCCGUCGCGUCCGUCACCGACUUCGACCCGUCCGCCGGCGACCGCGACCUCGCGGAGGCCACCACCGACUACAUGCAGGCCGUCAAGAAGGAGCUCGCCGCCAUGUAGGCCGC